GAUGGAUACUCACAGUUAUCAGCUUAUGAAAGGAAAAGACUAAAGAACAUUACAGAAAAUGCUAAAUUCUUUGCUGCUUUAAAGCUACAUGAGUCAGCUGCAAGACUUCACCAGAUUGCAACUAAAAGACAAUCUCAUGUCACCAAAAGAGCUAAGCCUAAAAAGGCAGAAGAUGAAACAGUACGUCGAAGAUCUAUGCGCUUACAAAGAGUAGAGCCGUCAGGAAUUCCAAUGCCAGAGAUGCCUGCCCAGCCAGGAGCAGAGGAAUAUAUGAAAGCUAACGAUACCGAAAAGUGCACACGUGACAUGAAGAGAUACCAGGACAGCCUGAACAGCAUGGUCCUCAGUGAAGAUAACAUUAAAAAGGUUGUGAAAUACCGAGUGUGUUCUAUGGCUAUCCAUCCUUCUGAAAGCAUCAUCUUUGUGGCAGCUGGAGACAAGUCCGGGCAGAUCGGUCUCUGGAACGUGGUGAGUUCAUCUUCUGAAGAAGGAGCACAUGUCUUUAUUCCACACAACUACCCGGUCAGCUGCAUGCAUUUUUCUCCAUUUAAUCCUGCUCAGUUGCUGUCUCUAAGCAAUGACACUCUGCGGUGUGGUGACGUUACUAGAACUGUCUUUGACGAGAUAUGCAGAAGCGAAGAAAGCUUAUCUUCCUUUGACUUUUUGGAAGAUAAUGCCUCCACCGCAAUAGUAGGACACUGGGAUGGCGACGUCGCUGUUGUGGACAGACGGACGCCAGGAACAUCUUCAGAGCUUUCUGCAGACAUUGGCUUCAAAAGAACAAGGACAGUCCAUGUUCACCCAGUGAAUAAACAGUAUUUCAUUGCUGCUGGCUCAACGGAUGUUUGUAUUUAUGAUGUUCGAUACCUGAAGUCUAAUGGGAACAAGCCUGUGAGCUCUCUUAAAGGACACACAAAAAGUGUUGCUUCUGCAUAUUUCUCACCUGUAACUGGGAACAGAGUAGUGACCGUGUGUGCGGAUGAUAAGCUGAGGGUCUAUGACACCACCUCUUUGUCGUCGACAGCUGCAGUUCUCAGUACCCUCAGACAUAACAAUAACACGGGACGCUGGUUAACUAGGUUCAGAGCAAUAUGGGACCCUAAACAGGAAGACUGCUUCGUGGUGGGCAGUAUGGCACGACCGAGACAAAUAGAAGUCUUCCAAGACACUGGAAAAUUGUUGCACUCUUUUUAUAACCUUGACUGCCUUGGUUCCGUGUGUUCCAUUAAUGUGGUUCAUCCCAGUAAAAACAUUUUAGUGGGUGGCAACUCCAGUGGCCGCCUUCAUGUGUUCAAAGAAUAA